GACGAUGGAACUAUACUCUUCCAAUCAUCGAAUGAUGGUCCGUUGCCCACACUAUGUCUCCAGACGCAUCUCCGGGCUGGACCUUCUCGAUGCCAUCUGCCAUACUUCUGCUGGUUUCCUGCACCCUGCUUCCCUAUAGCUAUAGCCUCAUAGUAUGUGCUGACCUCUCGCGCCUUCCGAAGACCUCCUGCACACUCAAGCCAUUCUUGCACCCUGUCUCACCCUCUCGCGAGACCGAAGCCUCUCCCAACGGCUUCCCGCACCCCCGCUUGCCCUUGCCUUGUGCAGGCCCUCAAGGAAACAGCAGGACACAUACGGUACAGCCGGCCAUUUAAUAACACACAGUCAGGUAGGCUAAUACAAUCAUUUGGUGAACUGAUCACGCGUUUGAUCGGACGUCCGGUUCAGUGUUCAGCUAAGUGGCUGAACCGAACAUGCGGUCUAGAGUAUGGUUGAAAAAUAAAACUGCAACUACAACUACAUGCAACGAAUAUCGACACACGUGCACGGAUGUCCAAGAACUAGUGAAGUCCCUACCAAGUACAAUC